GAGGUUUAUCGAGAAAAAUCCAAAGUUUACUAAAAAAAAACACUAUCUCCUCUGAUUUUUCCCUGUCUUCAUUAAUGUAAUUUUGAUCAUCGGAUUGGGUGAAACAUCUAAAAUUCUGCUAAAAGAGAAGCCUUUAAAAUUUUCCUUUUUUUCUUUAAACAAAACAAAAGAAGAAAAUUUACUUUUUGUUUUGGAUGCUAUGAAUCUUCGUUUUGCUUUCUUGAUUCUCUGUUUCGUUUGAUGGGAACUAUUUUCUGGGAAAUUAAUUCAUUCACCUGCCAUGGCUAAAUUAUCUUUCAAGGAUUCGCUGAAAGCUCUUGAAGCCGAUAUUCAACACGCUAAUACACUAGCUUUAGAUUGUCCUCGGGAGAAGGAUGGAGCACGCGUUCAGAUGAGAUUAUCCUACAGCCCGGCUGCUCAAUUUUUUCUUUUUCUUGUACAAUGGACUAAUUGUCAGCUUGCUGGUACCCUCGGUUUACUCAGAGUUCUUAUUUAUAUGACUUAUGCAGAUGGAAAGACCACGAUGUCGGUUUACGAAAGAAAAGCCAGUAUCAGAGAGUUCUACGCUGUGAUAUUACCGUCUUUGUCACAACUAAGGAGUAUUACAGAUGUAGAUGACCGCAGACAAAAAGAGGUAUGCAAGAUGCGAUACAGAAAGAAGGAUGAGAGCGAGAAGUGCGAGCUCUCAGAGAUUGAGAUAGAGAGGGAAGAAGAAUGUGGAAUCUGUAUGGAAAUGAACAGCAUGGUGGUGCUUCCAAACUGUACUCAUUCUGUAUGCAUCAAGUGUUAUCGCGAUUGGCGAGGGAGAUCACAGUCAUGCCCCUUCUGCAGAGACAGCCUUAAAAGAGUAGACUCGGGUGAUCUCUGGAUGUUUUUGGACCAAAACGAUACAGUGAAUCUCACUGCAAUCUCGAGAGAGAACCAGAAAAGGUUGUUUAUGUACAUUGAGAAGUUACCACUGGUGGUUCCAGAUCAAGCGUAUGCGUCUUCUCCUUACGAUAGCCAUGUGAGGUGAAGGCGGAAAAACCGGUUCUGGUAAAUUUUUAUCUGUAUACUGCAGAGUCUUUAAAAAUUUGGGGGAAAAGAGGACUCCUUUUGUAUAUGUGUUAGAGUUAGUACAAGUAGUAGUAAUCAGUCUCUUUCUUUUAUCUUGGGAAAGUUCCACUUACUACGUGCUUUUUCUGCAUUUUGGCUGUGGAUUCCCACUAUCUCGUAAGCUUCAAGAAGCUCAUAUACUCCCUCUGUUCCUAGAAAAUUGAUUUUCUAGAGAUUUCACAUAUUUUAAGAAA